UACAAUAUAAUAUUUUCAAUAUGAGCAACAUCACAGGAUUUGGUAGACUAGGACCCGGUGCAAGAGGAGGUGGCGGACAACCUCAAGAGGAAGGAGGCUGUGGAGAAAUGAUUGCUAAGAUAUGGGGAGGUGUACCAAUGUUUAACAGGUUUAUCUUCUGGACUUCCCUUAUUGUUUAUAUAGCAAGCUUCUUGUACCCAGUUCACUUGUAUUUAAUGAAUGCAUCAACAUUUGUGUACCUAAGGUUUCAGAUAUGGAGGGUUAUUACUGCUCCUUUUGCUAAUCUUGGGUUAUUAAUGCUUCUUUUUGGAUUGCUCUCCUACCUUCCAAGAGGAUGCCAAGUAGAGAAUGCAAAAGGAACUUCUCCAUUCAUCCUUUACUUUUUCACCAUGUCACUCGUUUCAAUGCUGAUAAUGACAGGGCUUGACGCGAUUGCUUUCCUGGGAUUUGGAUUUAUGUCCGUAUCGAAUGGGCUUUGGACAAUGAUACUUUUUGAUAUGACAGUUGAUUCACUAAAAGAUCCCGAUCUUGAGAGAAAUUUAUGAUGCUUCCCAAUCAUGAUCAAAGCUAAAUAUUAUCCUUAUAUUUUCUUGAUCUUAAUCUCACUGUUCAUGCCUAUGGUAGCCUUGGCUCUUAUAUCAGGAUACCUAACUGGAGUACUUUAUUCUUAUGGCUAUUUGGACUUCUUAGAGCCUUCUACUACAUGAAUUAACAAAUUUAACAACAAGAUAAUGAAACAUUUCAGUCACUAUCCAUCAUUCGUUUCAGGUCAGGGAGUAUUUUCAGAAAAUGGAGGCGCUUCAGGUGGAAUUGGGAUUCCUUUUCCAGCUCCUGGAAUCCCUCAAAGAGAUGAGGAAAGCUCUGGCUCCAGUCCUAAUGCUCCAGCCUCAGCCUUUGCAGGUAAUGGAGUAGUGGUGGGAUCUUCUCAGCCCUCUUCAAACCAAGGAGCGAGAACAAAUACUUACACAGUGCAGCAGAACAUCAGAGAGGUCCCUGCAGCCUCGCCAAGCGCCCCAAACUCUGAAACUCAGAAGUCCAAGAUUGUGCAAGAGCAUAACGCCAAGGUCAGCCAGGCUGAAGAGCACAAAAAAGAGGAGGAAGUCCAUUCUAGUGAAGCAACAAAUUCUGACAACGAAGAUGAAGCAGAAGAUGAUAUGAAAGAGGGAUCACAAGAGUCACAGAAUUCUAAGAACUCUAAGAACGAAGAUGAUGUCCUCAUUGAUCUUUCUUAA